GACGACUCGACAAUGCCUUACGAGUUACUAUGGUCGUUCGUCGGCCUGCCUCUACCCUCGUUUGUAGCGUUGCACCACCACUACACCAGAAACGGAUGGGUCUCGCCUCAACGGCAACCGAUCCAUUAAUAAUGCCCAUCAUCCACAGUUCAUACCGAUAUGCGAGGGGAGGAGAAAGGCAAGCAACAGAUGAACCGAUACAACUACAGCCUGUCAGCGUCCGCACCAUAUCCGCCGUGGCAUUCAAUAGUGCGACGACCGCGCCACCACCCGUCCAUUCACCACUAGAACUAACAGUUGUCGGCUAUUCCCUGACCAGCCAAAAGACAAUCAUCGCACAACGUCUUCUCGAAACCCGUUGGGCAUGUUCCUAUGCAUGCAUCCUCUUAUGACCCGAGGGCUGUAUGUACCGAGCUGAUGCUCAGCAAUCCAAGUUCCAUUGGAAUCCAGCACGACUUGCGCCCAAGCAAGUAUCUAGCAGUAUUGGCCAAGGGCGAGAAAAUAAAAUGACGCGCUCUGGGCAUACGGAUGAGGAUGAACAGCCCCAGCCAGAAGCAAUAUGCAGGUCUUGGCCAGGGUCCAAACACCACCCCCCUGAGCAGCCCACCUGCGGCUGGAUCCGAUCCUGCCCUAUGAUUGCCUCCAUAACCCUCCUCUCCAUGCACGGCGACCCUCCGAUAUCCUUGCCGUUACGGAGUACGUUGUACUGGCAUAAGAAAUACGAAGCCCAAAGCUAUUGGCAACCCACCUCCAGACAGUUGAGCUUCACGAGAUAGGCGAAAGAAUGAAUGGCCCG